AUGCCCCCUGCCCGGCGUAGGCAGGAUAAUCACCUCCAGUCACGCUCCACUAAGUCAGCAACAGCAUCAGCAUCGUCCAGCUUCAUCGUUCCUGAUGCUGUCACCAGCACCAGCACCAGCACCAGCACCAGCACCAUUGCAAGCCGUCCACCUGCACAAACUUCCCGCUCACGCCGACCCAAAGGUGAGAGAAGGACGAGGGCAAGGGGCAAAGGGAGAGCGAGGAGUGGAACGAGAACAAAGAGAACAGCUCCGAGCUCGUCUGAUUUGAGCUCGAAGGAGAGCAGCGCGGAGGAGCAGCGUAGUGAUUCUUUCGCAUCGCCUUUUAAGGAGGCGGAUGAGAGCGAUGGCGAGGAAGAGGAAAUGGCAUUGCGAAUGUCGGCUAGCAUUGGACGCAGACGCAAUCCUUCCAGAAGCAUCGUCUUCUCGUCAGAUGAGGAUGAGAGCGAGGGCGAGGGCGAGAGCGAGGGUGAAAGUCAGGGCGAAAGCCAGAGUCGGAGUCCGGGUCGGCGUCAGAGUCAGAGUCAGAGUCAGAGUCGAAGUCAAAGUCAAAGUCAGGGCGAGAGUGGAGAAGAGGAGGAGGAGGAGGAAGAGAGCGAGGUGGAUUGGACGAGCAGCAGCAGCGAUGGAAGGCUUGAAAAUCAGGUUCGAAGGAGAAGAGCAGCCGUCAUCAUUCCAACUCGUGUACGACAAGCAGUGUCGAGUGCGAGUGCGAGUGCGGGUGCAGCUCGAUCUUCCAAAAUGGCGGACGAUGCUCGAGCGAAGACAAACAAGCUUCUGAACGGCACCACCACCUCCAAUCAACAACAACAUCAAAAACGACCGCAAGCCGCGCCCUCAGCUGCUCGUCCAGUCUGGCCAAUCUUUCGAAACUUUGCACCUUCCAACUCCCAUUCCACAUCCGCUCCUGCUCCUGCUCCUGCUCCUGCUCCUGCUCCUGUCAAUGCGAACUCGAAUGCAAAGACUGAACAAUCUUCUCAAGGUGCAGCGCCACCUCGCAAAAGGCAAAAGAGGGAAUUGCAAGGAUUGGCAUUCUCUAGUCCGGGACCCAGGAUGAUGGCGAGCAGCCUCGAUGGCGGCAGCGCUGCUACACUCGAUCAAGAAGGGGCGAGCGGUGCAGGUGCGGGUGUGGGUGUGGGUGUGGGACGUAGGAGCAGCGCUAGAAAGCUUGCGCAUGCCGCUCCCAAGCAUGAUUCCGUCAAAGCUGCUGCUGCUGCCCAACAGCAUCAGAUCAACGCAAAUCCACUCAAAUCCUCGCAUUCCAACACACUUUACACCUCCAAAUCCAUCACAAUGGCGAAUGCGAACGGCCACCCACAACAACAACAACAGCCAUCUGCAUCGACGCGCGUCCGCCGCGAUCCUGCGCAUCAGGACGAUCAUGCGGGCACUUUGCCCAACAAAAACGUCGCGGCGGUGGCGGUGGCGCAGGCGCAGGCGCAGGCGCGUGCACAGGGCGCGGGUGCGAGUGCCAGUGCGAGUGCGAGUGCGAGUGCGAGUGCGAAGCAGUCAUACAGCAAGAAAGAAAAGGUGAGCAGCAAGCUGUCCGCGAUCACGACCACAACCACCUCCAAAUCGCCAUCGAGAUCGCGACGCACAUCCUCGACCUCAAAUUCAACGCUCCACAACGGCAAGGCGAGACCUAGCAGAGAGAAGAGACCUUCGUCCAGGACUGGAGAUCCUCAACUAUACUUGCUCGCUCCUACCAGUCAGACUCGAUCGACCUCACCCGCAAAGGCUAGGGACGCAUCUGCGUCUGCUGCUUCGUGCACCUCUUCUACCCACGACGACGGCGAGGUGCGAGCGUCGACUGACCUGGCAAAGCGAAAGAAAUGCGGGUCUGGCUCUGCUGCGCGCACCAAGAGCAAUCGUCGUGCUGGUGAGAAAGCUGCGCGGAAAGGAUUGCCACUCGGCCUGAAUUUCGAUUCGUCGGAGGAGGAGGAGGAGGAGCAUCGUAGCAGCGACUCGCAAGAUUGCUCCGACGAAGAUUUGGCUUUGGCUUUGCCCCAAUCGGCCCGUUCUUCAUCCGCCUUCAUCUCUCCAUCUCCUUCGCCCUCCGCCUCUUCCUCUUCUUCUUCUUCUUCAUCUCCCUCAUCUUCAUGGGCCUUCUCCCACUCAUCUCACUCGCAGCCGAGACAGGGGAAAGAGGUCCAAUUGGUGACGACGACGACGACGACGACGCUAGAGGAUCUGCGCGAGCUGCGUCUGCGACGCAUCAAGCGCGAGCUGCAGAGCGUGUACGAGCUGCACGACGAGUUGCUGAGAGAGUGCUUUCAUUUGGAGAAAUUCGUCACGCUGGUCGGCUUUGAUCCGAAAGAGCGUUGGGGAUGUUUCUGA